AGUAAACACAACUACAGAACUGCAUAAGGUACGAAAAAACAACAGCAAACAUAAACAGAGUCACAGGUGGUUGAGCGCAGAAGUGCCAACAUGACAUCACUGAAUCACCGCCCUCCACCGCCAUCGCCGCUCUCCGACUCCGACUCUGACGGCGGUUCCUCCACCGCCGAGACCCUCCGCCACUCUGACCUCUCCGAUUCCAUAUUCAAAUCAUACUUCGAUUUCUCCGGUCACUCCUCCGCCACCGCCGGCGACCUCUCCAAGAUCCAAUCAUUCCUCACCUCUUCCUCCGCCGGCGCACUCUCAUGCCUCAUAUGCCUUGAACGCAUCAAGCCCUCCGACCCCACCUGGUCAUGCUCCUCUCUCUGCUUCGCCGUCUUCCACCUAAUCUGCAUCCAGAGCUGGGCUCGCCAAGCCUCCGAUCUCGCCGCCGCACGUGCCGCCACGCGCCUCCCCAUCUCCCCCGACAAGGCAUCCGACACCGCCAUCUGGAACUGCCCGAAAUGCAGGGUCGAAUACCCCAAAACCCACAUUCCAAAAGCGUACCUUUGCUUCUGUGGGAAGUUGGAGAACCCUCCCAGUGAUGAUCCAUGGGUUUUACCUCAUUCUUGUGGUGACGUUUGUGGAAGACCAUUGAAGCACAAUUGUGGGCACCGUUGUUUGUUGCUUUGCCAUCCUGGGCCAUGUCCGUCUUGCCCCAAACUUGUUAAAGUUCGAUGCUUUUGUGGAUCCCUUGAAGAUGUUAGACGCUGUGGCUUCAAGGAUUUUUCUUGUAAUAGUCCUUGUUCCAAGGUGCUGGAUUGUGGUGUUCAUAGGUGUGUUGAGGUUUGCCACCGUGGCCCUUGCCCUCCUUGUAGAACACGUGGCGUGCAUGCGUGCCAGUGUGGGAAGAUCAAAGAGGAAAAGGAGUGUUGUGAUCGUGUUUUUCAAUGUGGUUACCCUUGUGAGAAGAGACUUAGCUGUGGGAAGCAUGUUUGUGAGAGAGGGUGCCAUUCUGGUGAGUGUGGUGAGUGUCCCCUGCAGGGGAAGAGAACGUGUCCUUGUGGCUCAAGGGUGUAUGAAGGAAUGUCUUGUGAUGCUCCUGUGCAGCUCUGUGGAGCUACUUGUAAUAAGAUGUUACCUUGUGGCUAUCAUAGGUGCCAUGAGCGGUGCCACCGUGGGCAAUGCAUUGAGACUUGUAGGAUUGUGGUGAAGAAGUCCUGUCGUUGUGGGAGUCUCAAGAAAGAUGUUCCUUGCUAUCAAGAUUUGGCGUGUGAAAGGAAGUGUAAAAGGAUGCGUGACUGCGGUCGUCAUGAGUGUAAACGCCGCUGCUGUGAUGGCGAUUGCCCUCCUUGCUCAGAGAUAUGUGGCAGGAGGCUUCGGUGUAAGAAUCAUAAAUGCCCUUCACCAUGCCAUAGAGGUCCCUGUGCUCCUUGCCCAAUAAUGGUCACAAUUUCGUGUGCAUGUGGAGAGACACAUUUUGAGGUUCCUUGUGGUACUGAAAUGGAUCAAAAGCCACCUAGAUGUCCUAAACUAUGUCCUAUCACUCCUUUAUGCCGGCAUGCAUCAAACUGCAAGCCACAUAAAUGCCACUAUGGAGCCUGCCCUCCUUGUCGGCUACCUUGUGCAGAAGAGUACCAAUGUGGCCAUACAUGCAAAUUAAGGUGUCAUGGUGCUAAGCCUCCUCCUAAUCCAGAGUAUACUCUCAAACCAAAGAAAAAAAAGAUUUUACAACAAAGGGAAACUGUUCCUGGCACUCCAUGCCCUCCUUGCCCAGAACUUGUGUGGAGAUCAUGUGUUGGACAACACAUUGGAACAGAGAAAAUGAUGGUCUGCUCUCAUAAAUCACGGUUUUCCUGUGAAAACUUGUGUGGUAAUCCUCUACCAUGUGGUAAUCAUUAUUGUACAAAAACCUGCCAUGCGUUGGUGAACCAGUUACAAGGAAGUGAGCCUUGUGAAGAUUGUUAUCUUCCUUGCCAAAAGGAACGAGAACCUACAUGUCCACAUCCGUGCCCUCAGCCCUGCCAUCCUGGAGACUGUCCCCCGUGCAAGGUGCUCAUUAAACGGUCAUGCCACUGUAGUGCGAUGGUCCAUGUUUUUGAAUGCAUAUAUUACAACACCUUGUCUGUGAAGAGUCAAGAGACCGUUCGUUCAUGUAGUGGGCCAUGUCAUAGAAAGUUGCCAAAUUGUACACAUCUAUGCCCUGAGACAUGUCAUCCUGGUCAAUGCCCAAAACCUGAGAAAUGCAGUAAGAAGGUCACUGUUCGAUGCAAAUGUCAAACAUUGAAAAAGGAGUGGCUUUGUCAAGAUGUUCAAGCAGCAUAUCAUGAUGCUGGUUGCCAUCCAAGGGAUAUACCAAAAAGUCAAUUUGGAGUUGGCCUUAUUCCUUGUAAUUCUGAUUGUAAGAGUAGAGUCCAGGUGGUUGAGUCAGAAAUACAAUUUCGUAAAUCUAGAGUUACAGAGGUAAAAGAGGCAGAUAAAGAAAAAUCAGUUUCAAAGCGACGAAAAAGGCGGGAACGGGUUCUAGAAUCCAAGGAAACAACAAAACUACAGAAAAUUAUUUCCAGAACGAAGCAGCUUCUUCUAUUUACCUUAAUUUUGGUCAUAGUUGUUGUUGCUACAUAUUAUGGAUACAAGGGACUUUUACGGCUCUCUGAUUGGAUGAAUGAAGUUGAUGAACGAAGACAAAGAUAUUCUCGAAUCAAAUGAUUAUUCAUCAAUUGGGUUACGUUAUUUUUCAUGAGGAUAUAAUCAUGCUUCGGAUGCUUGCUAUACAUUCUUUUUUCGUAGACAAGGGAAUAAUCACUUCAUAGAUGAUUAGGCAUGUUCAGAGUUUUACUUGACGAAUUUUUUCUUUUAUUGGGGUGGUUUCAAUCUAUUAGAUUGUCAAAUAUUGUUACUGAAGAUAUUGCUAUUCUAUACUACAAUUUGGGUUAUCUCUGUAACUGAUAGUACUUUGAAGAUGACUUAGUUAUCAACAUUUAGCAUUUCUC